AUGUCCUCCUCAGAAUGUGGCAUCGCGCGCACGCGGCGCCGUAUCGUGGGCGGCUACGAGACCAAGAAGCUGGAGUUCCCGUGGAUGGCCGUGCUCAUGUACAACGGCAGGUUCUACUGCGGGGGCUCGCUCAUCAACGACUUAUAUGUGCUCACUGCCGCGCAUUGCACUUCUGGAUUCCGCAAGGAGAAGAUGACGGUGCGUUUCCUGGAGCACGACCGCUCGCAGCCCAACGAGACCAAGACCAUCGACCGCAAGGUGGAGGCCAUCAUCCGGCACCUGCGCUACAACCCCGGCACCUACGACAAUGAUAUCGCUCUGUUGAAGCUCGACCAAAGGAUGGACCUCAGCAACGCCUUGAAGCGUGUGCGAACAUCAUCCAACGACACUGAAAGCGGCGAGAGCGCGGAGACUGGCGACGAGGCUUCAGACAAAGACACGGGAGUGCGCCCCGUGUGCCUGCCCACUGCAGGACUGUCGUACAGCAAGUUCAACGCCGUGGUCGCCGGCUGGGGCACCACUGAGGAGGGUGGCUCGGUGGCUAACACUUUGCAAGAGGUGUACGUGCCAAUAAUCUCCAACUCCGAGUGUCGCGAGACUGCCUACAAGAACCGCAUCACCGACAACAUGCUGUGUGCGGGCGAGCCGCAGGGCGGGCGCGACGCCUGCCAGGGCGACUCCGGCGGCCCGCUGCACGUGCUCAACGCCACCAAUGCGCAGUAUGAGGAAGUUGGAGUGGUGUCAUGGGGUGAAGGCUGCGCCAGGCCGGACCGCCCCGGGGUGUACACCCGGGUGAACCGCUACAUGACCUGGCUGCGGACCAACACCAAGGAUGCCUGCUACUGCCACUAGCAAUGGUCAACCGUGAUGUAAACAUUUCAUGAUUUUUUCAAGCUCUCUAUCACAAUUUUUAAUGUUUAACUUUUAUUUAUUUAUAAUAUUUAUUGAAAUUUAAUUUUAAGAUUAAAUUAUUGUUAAUGCA